AUGUUAGGAUAUUCUUUCAAAAGCUAUAUUUGUCACAAUUGUCAACGAGUUUCUCUAGUAGAUACUUCAAAUCUAAUAUGCCCACACUGUGGUAACGACUUUCUUGAAGACACAACAACAGCAAGAAUUCAUCAGCACCAAGCUUAUCAAUAUGCGAGUUAUUACUGCCACUCUUGCAGAUCUACAAACCUAAUUGAUCCACAUAACCCUGUUUGCCCUAACUGUCAUGGAACAAUUUUAGAAGAAGCCUCACAAGCUCGCCGCAAUGCUGAGCGGGAAUCCCAUAUUCCAGAUAAUUCUAUUUUUUAUCAGUUUGGACAGACUCAUCAGUACCCUCCCCGGCAGCCUCGCAGCUAUCAAUAUCAAUAUCGUGCCCAAAGACCAAGUGAGCGUGUAUUUUUCCCUGAAUUUGCAGGAUUUCCAUCUUGGAAUAACUCAUUUUUCAGAGAUUUUGCAAUGGAUCCAUUUGCUGAGUUUGAAUCAUUUUUUAACGGAGAUUUCUUUAGCAGAAGACAGGAAAGAGUUCUAGGAAGAUUGUUUGGUGACUUGGAUAUAAAUCCAAAUGAAUAUUUCACUCAAAACUUUGGCAGCUUUGAUGAUAUCAUUAAUCUUCUUAUUCAAAGAAAUGCUAGCCAAACAACUCCAGCUUCAGAAUCUGCAAUAAAUAGUUUGCAAAAGAAAAUUGUUGAGAAAGGAGCUGAAAUCCAAAAAUGUGCAGUGUGCAUGGAUGAUAUGCCUGAAGGAACUGAAAUAAAUGUGCUUAGCUGCAAUCAUAUGUUUCAUCCUGACUGCAUUCAGCCUUGGCUAAGAGUCAAAAAUAAUUGCCCUGUUUGCAGACAAGAGGUGAGAUAG